CCGCAGUACCUCCACCUCGAUAUCAUGCUCCACCUGCCUGUACCACUUCUGCGACCAUGUCAUGGAUCAGACCUCUAGCUCUGAACGCUCUAAUGCGCGACUGUCACAUCGAUCCCAUACUUCGCUCCCAAAGAUAACAACUUCCUCUGACAAGAACGCGUCAUCCACAAGCAAACGACACAAUCCUCUACACCGCGACAAGCAAAGCGGGCACAGUCACCACCAUCAUCACCACCACCACCACCACCGCCACCGACAGGCCAAAGAACUUAUACACUCUACGGCUCAAUCGCACUCAUCUGUCGGCGAUUCCGCCAAGCAGAAUCAUGUUGUGAAUGCAUAUUCACCUGCCUUAAGUACCGAUCGCGAAAAUGAUUCGCGUGCUGCAACAUCCAAUGCAGAGGUUGACGAACGGAUAGAGCGACAACAGCUGAUUAGGCCCAUUCAUGUUAGCCAGGAGCGUAAGCGCGCAGCAGUCCGGGAAGAAGAAAUCCGCGUUACACUGCACACUCUCUCCGAGAAGUCCUUAGAAAUAACGAGGCGCCUGGAUGACACCUACUAUUCGAUACUCGAACGAUUAACUACAUUGGGUUCAACAAUUAGUGGACUACAGGAGUUGUCAUCACUCACACAAGAGCUUAAGAGCAAUUUCCAGAAGGAUACACAGGCAUUCAAGACUGAGAUUCAAGGGCAAAUUGAUUCCUUCGAAGACUUUGGUGGGCUCCAAGAGCGUGUUGAAGGCAUUGUAUCUCGGAUACAAUCUGUUAAAGAUAGGUGUAGCUCGCUGAGUGAUCGCCUUGAACAGGCCAGCAAGAGAGUCGAGGCGAGAGAGAUGUUGGAAAUCAGAAGACAAGAGAACGCCGAUAAACGUGCGCGGGUCAUCAAAUGGGUUGCUGCGUCCACCACCCCUUUCAUAGUCCUACUGGCGAUGCUCUACUUCUUGUUCUUUAUAGAACCGUCAAACCCCCAGUCGAGCCUCCACACCCCCUCUGCGAACUUGUCAUUCAACGUUGAGGAACUGGCUAUACCCGUUGAUGCUAAACAAAUUCUCAACAGCGCACGAGAGUCUCUGUAUGCUAGGAAUGCUAGUACCUCGGUUCAUAGCCAUACGGCUGCAGCUAGCAAAGACGCUCGGUUAGGAGUACUGGACGAGCUCUGAGCUGGCUCUAGCCACAAGUAGCAGUUCUGAAAAUAUAUGUACAAGCGUAAAUUGAUCGAAUAAGGACAUUUACUGUCUCUUGAACGUGCCUACCUUGCCGCUGAAGUCCCAGUUGUUGAGGUAGCCCGCACCAUGGCACAGAUAGUUGGCAAAUCCGAGCCAGGCAAGAUAUGGCGCCAGCAACCAUCCGCUGGUGGCAUCAACCUGGCCCCAGAUGUAAGCCAAGUAUCCUGUCACACUGGUCAAAGCUACGAUGUCAACCGAUGCCGCG